AUGUCCACAUACAAGAGAAAGCGCGAUAGAUUCGCAACCGGCAUCUAUACCGGGCAAUACCCAAACAUUGAACAGUGGCUUGAAAAUACGAUGGCAAAUAUUGACGAACCCGAGGCCACAAAGGAGUUGACGAUGCCUGAGAAACGCCCAUGCAGCUUGGAACCCUGGCCCGACAUGGAUAAGGGACUUGCAGACAGAGACGAAAUUCAGAAUAGGAUCAGCAACUUGAAAGAAAAAGUCCACGGGCAAGAGGGAAGACUCAAGAAAAUCGAACUACAGGAAGAUAUCUUUCACCAAAAGAUUACCAACUUGGAAGGGCAGCUCAGCACACAAGACUUCUUUCAACAACACAGUCGGCUAAAAGAGAAAUUCACCAUGCAUGAAAGACUGCUGGAGAUUGCCGACCAACAAAUAAACACACAGCAAGAGCUUAUCAAACACUUGCUUGAAGUGCAAGCCUCAGCUGCGCGACAAAUUGCCUUAAUUACGCAAAAGCUUUCGCAACAGCCUGAACAAUGGGCGCAACAACCGCAAGGGGAAAGCGCCGAGGGACAGCAGUCUCAUCCGGGCGGGGUCAACAAAAGUACAGAUGCUUCUGAUUAUAUCCUUGUCUCAGAAGAUGAAGUCGCCAAUUGA